AUGAGUUCUGGCUCUUCAUAUCCUCCCACCUUCUUUUCUCUCCAGCCCAGACUUCUCCCACUACCACAGCCAGUCCGCAAUUCACCACACGAUCAUUCUCGACAAUUCCCCCCACAGCCUAUACGUCGAUCUUCGCCCAGGCUCUUCCGCGACUUCUUCAAUGCUAUGCCAGAUAGUGCCUCACGCAGGCAAGCUACUCUCCCUCGUCCUGUACCAAGUCACCAAGACACUUUCUACGACGUGAAUCUGAAUCGCGCCCUCGAAAACGCGAAUCGCGCCAUCCAAACCGCGCAAGAAGCCUUCCAAGAAGCCAGAAUAAUACAGACAGACAGUGAGGUGCCUGUUCAACUACCGGACUCGACGGCGCAGACCGACACCUCUCCACGAAGAUCAGACGGUGCACCUUCAAUAGAAAGCCAGUACAUCCCUCAGACCACACAUCCUCACGAUCCUCACGUUGCCUAUCGAUACACGCCCAUCAGCAACCUUGGCGAGUUCGAGUACAAUCUCCCUAUUAUCCCUGCACCCUUGGGAAUUUGGCCAGCCAAUCCUGGAGUUUAUCUAAAUCGUCUGGACCCAAAUCACCCAUUUGUCGACGGACGGCUACCGUCGGUCUUGGAAGAGGAGGCAAUAAAUCGUCAGCGAGAAAACCACCAGAACUGGGUGCGCACCCAAGCUAGAAGCAGUCACCGUCGGCGUACGGAGCAGGAACAAAGCCAAAGCCGAGAUCUUCCACAGGUGACCAUGUCCCCUCCUUCCUCAUCUCUGAGAAGCACUGCCACUCGGUCUUCUCAGCAUCAGCAGCCAUCUACGCCAGGUGGUGAGACGGAGGAUCCCUUGAUCGAAUCUGUGGAUUUGACAACCGUUACCGACGCUGACACCCUAUCCGCCGCUCUUGCCAAACAGAGACAAGACACCAUCUUGGCUCAGAACCCUGGAACAGAAAGCGGCCGUACUGCACUCACCGCGUACAAGUGCCCUGUGUGCAUGGACACACCCACCGAUGCAACUUCUACGGCCUGCGGACACGUCUUUUGCCACCGGUGCAUACUUGAUACUCUGAAGUGGUCUAUUCAAUCACGAAGAGAAAAUGCGCCGACAUCUCGUAAGACCAGAGGCGUGUGUCCUGUGUGCCGCAAAACUCUGGAUAUGAAGGAUACCGCGGGAACUGGCAGAGGUUUGAUUCCACUAGAACUGAAGUUGAUGGUGAAGAAGCGGAAACGAGAGGACAGCUCGGAAGAGAAGGCCAGGGAGAAGGGCAAGGGCAAAGGAAGGUCUUUGGCCAAUGCAGAAAUAUUGAGCGAUGGAGAGGGGGGUGAGAUCGGCAAAGAAAGUGGCUCCCGGCCGACAAAAUCAGAACGUGAGACCACAGAAGAUGCAUUUUGGGGCACCUUCAUCCAUGAACACGCCUAG